CGGCCGGUCAAUCGCCCCUGUCCCACACGCCCGCCUGACGAGCCGCUGGCUUUCGCAUAAACAUAUCGUACCACCCCCACCACCACCCCGCACGGCCGGUCUCCCUCCCCUCCCCUUCGUUCCCUACUCAACCUGCCCUCCUAAGUCUGCUUCAAUCGUCGCAAAAAUGGGUGUGAUGUCAAUGCUGGUUUUGCUCCUCACGCACCCGGUGGAGUUCCGGACGCUGCUGCAGUACAAAAUAUGGCACGAAGCGAACAGGGACAUUUCCGCUCCCAGCGAGUGGAAGCACUCGGGAUGGGACCGCAAGUCGAUGCGGAGGUGCUGGGAGUUCCUGGACUUGACGAGCAGAAGUUUCUCGGGGGUCAUCAAGGAGGUAGAGGGCGACCUGGCCAGGCUCAUCUGUCUUUUCUAUCUUGUGCUGCGUGGCCUCGAUACCAUCGAAGAUGACAUGACCCUCCCAGACGAGAAGAAACAGCCUCUUCUUCGUCGGUUCCACGAGCUCACUGUGACACCUGGCUGGACGUUCAACGAGAAUGGGCCAGAUGAGAAUGAUCGCCAACUGCUCGUCGAGUACAACGUCGUCAUCGACGAGCUGCUCACUCUCGACGCGAAAUACCGCGACGUCAUUCUCGACAUCACGCUGAAGAUGGAGACCGGUAUGGCGGACUACGCGCAUCGCGCAUCGACAACAGGCGAGGUGUAUGUUGAGAAGAUAUCCGACUACGACCUCUACUGCCAUUACGUCGCAGGGCUCGUCGGGGAGGGCGUGACGCGCCUGUUCUCCGUGUCAGGCAAGGAGGCGCCCUGGCUCGGUGAACAACUUGAGCUCGCCAACUCCAUGGGUCUCAUGCUCCAGAAGACGAACAUCAUUCGUGACUAUCGCGAGGAUGUUGAAGACAAGCGGUACUUCUGGCCGCGCGAGAUUUGGGGUCGGGAGAUCUACGGGAAGGCGGUCGGAAGGCCGGCCUUCACGGAAAUGGCGCAGAUGUACCAGCCGGGCAACGAGCAGCAGGCGCUGUGGGUUCAGAGCGGGAUGGUCGUUGAUGUCCUUGGUCACGCCGUCGACUCAUUGGAUUAUCUGAGGCUGCUCAAGACGCAGAGUGUCUUCAACUUCUGCGCGAUCCCCCAGACCAUGGCCAUAGCGACGCUGUGCUUGUGCUUCAUGAACUACGAGAUGUUCCAGCGGAAUAUCAAGAUCCGGAAAGCAGAAGCGGCUUCGCUCAUUAUGCGCUCAACGAACCCCCGGGAUGUCGCGUAUAUCUUCCGGGAUUACGCGCGCAAGAUCCACAGCAAGGCUGUUCCGGAAGACCCGAGCUUCCUCCAGAUUUCCGUCGCCUGCGGGAAGAUCGAGCAGUGGUGUGAACAACACUACCCGUCCUUCGUCAGCGUCUCCGCGUCGGCGAGCGGCACUAGGCAACAAGUGUUCGAUUCGUACGACGCUCGCAGCCAAGUCGCCGAGGCCACGGAGAAGCGGGACCAAGAGCGGGCAUGGCAAAAACGCCUUGCCGCCGCAAGUGCGAACGGGAAGGCAAACGGGGCUGCAAAGCCUCUGGGCGACGGCAAGGAAGAGUUCAAGGAGAUCCUCAUGUACGUCUUUGGCGCGUUCCUUUUGGUAUUCGGCGUCGGGGUCGGGGCGGUAUGGCUGUUCUUGCGGUACUACGACAGAUUUUUGUGAGUGCGACGACUCAGCACUCCGUAGCUACACUUGUAUCACAUACCGGAGGACACUUGCAUGCUCGGAGACCUGCUGGUAGCGGUGCAUUUGAUGUCUACGGACCAUGUGCACGCACAGUUAGUAACGACAACCGAGGUUGCAUUAUCCGGUAGUAAGUUAUCAUAUGAACAAAAUGCAUCGUUCGUCCGCACUGGUCAAGCACUGGUACCAAAAAAAGUCUUCAAAACAAUUGGGCCUGGCCGGGAAUUGAACCCGGGACCUCCUCCAUGUGACGUUAAGCCCUAAGAAGGAAUCAUACUAC